UUAUAGCUUGUGGACUAUGACUCUCCAACCAAAAUAGCUAGUAGUAGUAGUAAUAUAGCAUAGAAGUGUACCCUGCACUGUACUAGAGCUUCUAUGCAAAAUGAACAAGAAGCAAUCUUGCGAAGAAUCCGUAGAAAAAUGUCCAACACAAGCAUCAUCGGAAUGCUGGUUCGACGAUGCAUGCAUCCUUGACAUGGAUUACUUCGUGAAGACACUUUCAGCCAUCAAACAGAAAGGCGUGCGUGCUGAUUUGAUUGGUUCCAUCAUCACUCACUAUGCUUCAAAAUGGCUCCCAGACCUCUCUGCAGGUGAUGAUGAUGAUGAUGAUGAUGAUGUUGUUGUUGCUGAAAAGGGUUUCAACCAAUUCCAAGAAUCACCUGAAAGUGUAACAACUUCAUGGAUGAAGAAGAGGUUCUUUGUGGAAACCUUGGUGGGUGUUCUUCCUCCUGAGAAGGAUUCAAUCCCAUGCAACUUCCUCUUACGCCUUCUUAGAACAGCCAACAUGGUUGGGGUUGAAGCCACUUAUAGAGCUGAGCUUGAGAAACGAAUUUCGUGGCAGCUAGACCAAGCUUCACUCAAAGAGCUUAUGAUACCUUCUUUCAGUCACACUUGCGGGACUCUCUUGGAUGUUGAGCUUGUGAUUAGGUUGGUUACGAGGUUUGUGAGUUUGGAUCAUGAAGGAGUUAAAAGUGGUUCUGCUUUGGUUAAGGUGGCCAAGUUGAUUGAUUGCUACCUCGCUGAGGCUGCUGUGGAUGCUAAUUUGAGUUUGUCUGAGUUCGUUGCACUUGCUGGAGCUCUUCCAAGUCAUGCAAGAGCUACAGAUGAUGGCUUGUACAGAGCCAUUGAUACUUAUCUAAAAGCACAUUCAUGUGUGUCGAAGCAAGAAAGGAAGGGUCUGUGUAGGCUGAUUGAUAGCCGGAAACUCACACCAGAGGCCUCACUUCAUGCAGCUCAAAAUGAACGGUUGCCUGUUAGAGCUGUAAUUCAGGUGCUCUUCUCUGAACAAACCAAACUCAAUCGCCACAUAGAUUGGAGUGGCUCUUUUAGUGGUUUGAGAAGCCCCAAUGGCUGGUUCGAUCCACAAACAACACGAUGCCUUUCAAAGCGUGAAAUGAAUGCUCAGCAAAUGGAGAUAAGGAAGCUGAAGGAAGAUGUUUACAGGCUGCAAAGCCAGUGCAAUGCCAUGCAAGUGCAGAUGGAGAGGAUGGUGGAAAAGAAGAAAGGGUUCUUCAAAUGGAAAAGGUUUGGGAUGCCUGCGUUUAGUAAAAGCUUGGGAGGAGUGGAGAGAAUGGUAGAAGAGGCUGAAAAGGAAGUUGGGUUUGGAAGGCAAACGCCUAUGGACAUGAAAACCAGUUUGGUCAAAGAUAGGACUCCCCACAAGUGGAGGAAAUCAAUGUCCCGAAAGAGAGGCUGUGAAUUACAAAUAUAAUUGAUAUAUUUUGUGUUUGUUAUAGAAGUUCGUUUAUUGGAGUUAGACUUGAGAUAUAAUGUAAGAUAAACUUUGUUGCAUUUCGAAUAAAUUCAAUAAAGAUGUGAGGAUACCAAAUAAUGUAACUCAGACUUCAUAGUGAAGAAUAAAUAAAUUACU